AUCUUGUUCAGAGUCACAUCCGGAGCGUCGCGGUCGCCAUUUCAUUGUCGGGAAGAAGCGGAGGAGCGGGGUGAGUGUAAACAGGAAGCGGGACUCGGUGUGGCGGUAGAGAUAUGAGUGGCUGCAGAGUCUUUAUAGGGAGGCUUAGUCCUCAUGCCCGUGAGAGAGACGUGGAGAAGUUUUUCAAAGGAUAUGGACGUAUCCGGGAGAUAAAUCUGAAGAGUGGAUUUGGAUUUGUGGAGUUUGAAGAUCACAGAGAUGCAGAUGAUGCUGUGUAUGAACUGAAUGGAAAAGAACUGUGCAGUGAAAGAGUCACAAUUGAACAUGCCAGAAAUCGUAGAGGAAGAGGAGGCAUGAUGGGUGGUGGAGGUGGUGGUGGGCGGUACCCUAUGCGCUUUGGCUAUCGUCAGUCAAACAGUGGUGGACCCAGGUAUGGACCCCCAGUUCGUACAGAGCACAGGAUAAUAGUAGAGAAUCUUUCUUCCCGCGUCAGCUGGCAGGAUCUGAAGGAUUUUAUGAGAAAAGCGGGAGAGGUGACUUAUGUUGAUGCACACAGGGGUAACCGAAAUGAAGGGGUUGUGGAAUUUGCAUCCUAUGAUGAUAUGAGGAAUGCAAUAGACAAAUUGGAUGGUACGGAGCUUAGUGGUCGUAAAAUAAAGCUUACUGAAGACCGUAAGAAACACAGAAGCAGAUCCAGGUCAAGAAGCUACUCCAGAUCCCGAAGCAAGUCACCAAAAUCCCGUGGCUCUUCUCGUUCUGUCAGCAGAUCCCGAUCUCCCAGUCGCACACCUGAAAAGAAAUACAGUCAAAAAUCUGGAAGUGGAGAACCAUCCCAGAGCUCCCCUAAGCGGCAGUCUCGUUCCAGUUCCCGCGAAAGCCGUGAUUGAUUGAUCUUUGAUCUUCUAUUGUGUAAAUGGUGAAUGAAGAUUGUGCCCUAGGAGACAAUGGUGGUGUGAGAGGUGGCGUUCACAAUUUUAUGUAACCAAAGCGCCUGUUUAGUAAGGCUCAAAGUGGUGGCCUGAUGCUUUGUUUUUGUAAAUAUGUGUUCCAACCCUUCUGCCUAGAGCAUAUGAAGGCAGUUACUGAAUCCAGCAAGUAGAACCCAUUUGAGAUGACUUUGCUUUUCACUAUGUAGAUUAGAGAAGGCUUUUGGAUACUUGUUCAUUUUAUUUCAAUUUUUUUUUGUUUUAUAAUGUAAGUUAGUGUAGUCUAAACUGGUCAUAUUUUCCUUUUUAAAUUGAAUCCUGCCCCUAAUUCUCUUCUGUGUUGAAAUACCAGAAGAUUUUCUACUUCAAUGAACAUAUUAUUAAAGAAUUUAAAAACAUGAAACCACUUAAGCAAGUUAAAGGCAAGUAUCCAUCUGUUCAUAUUCAUACCAAGACUUAUGUUGUGUGUAUGUUCUGUCAUACUGGCUUUAGUAGGUGUUGUGUGUGUGUGUGUGAUGGAUGAUACUUCAAUUAAAUGAAUGCAGAACCCUUAACUUUACAGAGUCUUUUCAAUUUGUAAUUGUCCUAGAAUCUCUCCCCAGUAAAUCGGCUGAACAAUGUGCGGUGGCUGCCUUCAUUGUUUAGUUCAUUGUAUGUUGUGGGUACAUUUUUUGUUUGCUUUUUGUACUGAGUACCAGUAAGUGUGCAUCAGGGAAAGUAAAGCCUCAGCAAGUGAUCCUCUGCUGAUUUUCACAAUUUUUUUGUUCCUGCUUUUGAUUAUUUUAAAUAUUCUGGUAAACCUAAGCUUGUGCAAAUAUAUUUAUGUUCCCUGCA